UGCAGUCCUAUUAUUAUGGAAAAAGCAGAAUAUGCAGAAUUAUUCAACUAUAAAGGGUAUAAUUUAACAAAAGAAUUAAUGAAACUUGAUCUCCUUGAAGCAGUAGAAGAUUUUGAAACCAGGGACAGUGAUAUAUUCAUAGACACUUAUCCAAAGUCUGGAACUAUCUGGACCCAGAAUAUUAUAUGCUUGAUUUUGUAUGAAGGCCAUCGGAAUGGAACAGAAAAUAUUUGCAUAUCACAUCGGUGUGCAUCCAUAGAAUACAACAUAUACAAUGUGGAUAUCACCCAGAUGCCAUCACCUCGUGUCCUCAUGUCCCAUCUGCCAUAUUACCUAGUUCCCAAGAAACUGAGGGGCAAGAAGGGAAAAGUUAUUUACAUAUACCGAAAUCCAAAAGACACUUUAGUGUCCUAUUUUCAUUUUAUCAACUCAUUCAGGGCAGUGGAAAAUUCAUAUAAUUUGGAGGAAUACAUGGAAAGAUUUUUAUCUGGAAACGUUCCUAGCAGUCUGGUCUUCGAUCAUGUGAAAGGCUGGUAUACACAUCAGAAUGAAUUCAAUAUUCUCUUCCUGUGCUAUGAGGAAAUGAUCCAGGAUCUCAGAGGCACAGUACUUAAAAUAUGUAAAUUUAUUGGAAAAGAGCUGAGCAGCCAGGAAGUGGAUAAAGUUGUGGAGAUGUCUACAUUCAAGAACAUGAAAGCUGAUCCUAGGGCAAAUCAUGUGAAAACAUAUGAACAGUGUUUUGGACAAACAAACGUAAACCAUAUACGCAAAGGAACUGUUGGAGACUGGAAGAAUAUUAUGACAGUAUCGCAAAGUGAAAGGUUUGACAAUAUUUUUCAAGCACAAAUGAAGGAUAUACCUCUCAAAUUCAUUUGGGAUAUAAAAGAAAUACAAUCUACUCAGCAUGGGAAGCGGCAGGAACCUCUCCAGGAGGACAAAGAGCCGAAAUGUUCAACACAACCGUAAUACGUAUAUGCACAGUAGUUUAAGCUAUCACAAUACACCUAUGUAUUUUCUGUAUGUACUUAUGUGUAUUGUGUGCAUAACUGCUUUCUUCUCAAAGUUGUUUCCUGCUUUCCUGCAACCUUAAAAAAACAUGGCUUUCGGGAACCCCAUCUUUUUCUUUUUCAAAAUAUUGAAAACAUCCUAUAAUUUAUCACCACAAAUGGGUCAAGAUAUACCAGAAUGAUUUCAUAAAUAUUUUUCAAUAGAAACAAAUGCUUUGGAGGCUGGGAGAAAUGUCUUUUGUAAUGAGAAGAGAAUAAAGAUAUGCUAAUCAAUUUUU